AUGAUGCAACCAUGCGUUUGUAAAACGAGAAUCCCAUUUCCGCUAGUUCUUCCUCUUUCUUUUUCGCAUUGUCAGCCGACGAAGUGCUUUUGACUUGAACUAUCAACAUGGUUGCUGUUAAGAAACAAAAGAAGGCGCUGGAGAGCACCAAUGCGCGUCUGGCGCUGGUGAUGAAGUCCGGCAAAUACUGCCUGGGCUACAAACAGACCCUGAAGACCCUCCGCCAGGGCAAGGCCAAACUGGUGCUCAUCGCCAGCAAUACCCCCGCCCUGAGGAAGUCUGAGAUCGAGUACUACGCCAUGUUGGCCAAGACUGAAGUCCAGCACUACAGCGGCACCAACAUCGAGCUGGGCACCGCCUGCGGUAAAUACUUCCGCGUGUGCACCCUGUCCAUCACCGAUCCUGGAGAUUCGGACAUCAUCCGCUCGCUGGAGUCGGCCUAAACUUAUUUUUAAUCGAACAAGACGACCCAAUAAAGUUUUGUAUGAGGAGAGAUAAUGUUAAAAAUAAAAAGUCAUCAAUUAUUUUGGUAA